UCGCGGACCGAAGUCAUCAUCAAUGUCUACGAUCUACUACCUCCCGGCCGCCUCUCCUCGAUCCUCUGGACAGUCGGCUCCUCGCUUCUGCACACGGGCGUGGUGAUAAACGGGCGCGAGUACGCCUACGGGGGCCACGACCGCGCGGGGGUGACGGGCGUGUACUGGACGUCGCCGCGGUCGCCGCCGCCGGGGGCGACGUUCCGCACGGAGAUACUGCACGGGAUGACGUUCGCGACGCAGGCGGAGAUCGACGGCAUCGUCCGGUCGACGUCAGAGGACUUCCCCGGCACCAGCUACAACCUGCUCACGAGGAACUGCAACCACUUCACGCAGACGCUGUGCGAGCGGCUCACGGGCCGCCGCGGGCCCGCCUGGCUCAACCGCGCCGCGCAGAUCGGCGUCGCGCUGCCGUGCGUCGUGCCCAGGGACUGGCUCGAGCCGCCGGACUACGACACGGCGGACGGCGAGCUGGUCGAGGAGGUGGAGGAAGACGAGGAUGGGCUGGAUGCGAACGAGGGGACUGGGUUCCUGAGCCGUGGGAAUAGCUUCAGGGGGAACCUGGCAGAUGAGCGGCGUGGUGACGAUGGGAGGAGCACGGUGCCGGGAAGCGCCAGCGGAAGCACAGGCAAGGCCAAGGCCGCGGGCGCGGGCGCGAGGGACACGAGUGGAAGGGUGCUCCCGGCUGCUGAGAGGGCG